CUUCCCUGCCCACAGCGAGCUGACUGUCUACAGCGCUUAGUCCGGUGCCCGGCGCCCAGUAAGCGCCUACCAAGUACCAUUAGAAAAACGGUGAAGUGACGACUGAGCGGUAGCGAGAUACGCGUGACCGGAUCCCUGUUCAUCCCUGGACGUCCUUCCACAGGGCGUCCAAUCCGUAAAGCGGCGAUCGUCUUCCCGAUGGAGCGAGGGGAAGGAUUCUUGGUCGCGGAUCCCAGGAACUCCAAGGAGAGGCAAAUUCUGGGAUGUGUGAAUACAGGAGCGGAGACUGAGGCCGAGCCGGAAGCUUCCCGGCGGGAUGGCGCCGAGGAACGUUCCGAGAAGGCCCCGGCGCGGUCCGGGAAGGACGCUCCUCCGCGCCCCGAGCACGCGAGCCUUCCGGGAACGGCUCCCGGCCCGUCCCGAGGGGACGGCGUCCGGGAAGGCCCCGGGAAGGACGCCGGGAGCUCGGAGAGCCGGGGGGGAGACCCUUCCGAGGACGAGCCCGCUCCCUGGAAGCGGGGCCCGGGGGAGCUCCCGGCCGUCGCCGCCCCCCGGCCCCCGCCGGGAGCGGACGGACCCUACCGGUGUCCGGAGUGUCGGAAGAGCUUCGGGAGCAGCUCCCGCCUUCACACCCACCGGCGGACCCACACGGGAGAGAGACCCUACAAGUGCCCGGACUGCGCCAAGUGCUUCGCCAACAGCUCCCACCUGAUUCAGCAUCGGCGGACCCACACCGGAGAGAAGCCCUACGGGUGCGGGGAGUGCGGGAAGAGGUUCGGCAGCAGCUCCCACCUCGCCGUCCACGCGCGCACGCACACGGGAGAGAAGCCCUACAGGUGCCCCGAGUGCGGGAAGCGCUUCGGGAGCAGCUCCCACCUCAUCCAGCACCACCGCUCCCACACCGGGGAGAAGCCCUACGAGUGCCCCGCCUGCGGCAAGCGCUUCGGCCACAGCUACGUCCUGAUCGAGCAUCAGAGGAUCCACACGGGAGAGAAGCCCUACGGCUGCCCCGACUGCGGGAAGCGGUUCAGUCAGAGCUCCAGCCUGCUCCGCCACCAGCGGACCCACACCGGCGAGAAGCCCUACGGGUGCCUCGAGUGCGGGAAGCGCUUCGGGUGCAAUUACACCCUCGUGAAGCACCGGAGGGUCCACGCCAGAGACGAGCCCGCCGGGUGCCCCGAGUGCGGGGAGGACGUCGCCCGCCGCCAAACCCACGCCGGGGGGAGGCCCCCCGGAAGCCCGCGGCGAGACCGCAAGCCUGGGGAGAAGCCUUACGGAUGCCGGGAGUGCGGGAAGAGCUUCGGGUUGAGCUCCCAUCUCAUCCGGCACCAGAGGACCCACACGGGAGAGAAGCCCUACAGGUGUCCCGCCUGUUGGAAGGCCUUCAGUCAGAGCUCCACGCUGGCGAUCCACCAGAGGACUCACACGGGAGAGAAGCCGUACCGGUGCUCGGUCUGCGGGGAAGGCUUCAGUCAGAGCUUCAAUCUCAUCCGCCACGGGAUGACGCACGCCGGGGAGAAACCGUACAAAUGCCCGGACUGCGGGAGGUCGUUCAGCCGCGGCGCCUACCUCAGCCAGCAUCGGAAGAUCCACGGCGGGGCCGGGUCCUGUCCGUCCCCCAAAGGUGACGAGAGGUUUCCCCGCGGGUGGCCCUGGGGGAGCUCCUCUGGGGCCUGGGAAGUUCCCACCCUCUUCCAGCCCCAGAUUCCUCCUCCUCCUGAGGCUCCUCCGGGCCUUCUCCACUGAGCUGUCACACCUCAUCGGUCCAACUGCUGGAAAAGGGAGAUCCGCAGAGUCAGCCGGUGCGGGCGGUGAGCAGGACCAGACCAAUCCACCGUAAAUCUGCCCGGGGAAAGGGCCCGUGACGAUGCCGAGAGGACCGGGGAGGGAAGGGGUUUGUGGUUUAACGUAAGGCAGGAGAUCAUCAUCUCCCAGCACGCAGCACGGCGCCUGGCACAUGGCGCUCUCCAAAUGCCAUAAUAUUAUAUGGUUUUCUGGAAAAGGAUUAGGAGGCGGGAAGCAGACCCUGGUAGGGCCAGUGAAGACGACGGGUUAAGGUCAAGAAGCGAGGCGGGCUGGGUCAGUCUAGUUUAGUCACGAGGUUUGAGAGGGAAGCUCCUAGGAGUGAAGGGUUUCGCCUUGUUGGGUGCGUUGCGGUCGUUUCUGAGGUGGAGUAGGUGAGUUGCCAGUGGAUCGGUCCCCCUACUCCUACCGAGACGCAGCUGCUCCGGGCGGGCGGUUGUAUUUCGGAUGGGGGAGAGCCCCACUGGAUUUGGCAAAAACUUCACAAAAUAAAAACAUUUAAGAAGCGA